GCUCCGCCCCUGGCUUCCAUUUCUGAACUGAAGGGACGCCGCCGCUCUCGCGUAUAGCCCUCGCCUUUUUUUAUACACACAUUUAAGUAAAUAAACUAGGUUAUCUGUCGUAAGUUAGGACCAUUUCCUAAAGGUAGCGUGAAUUAGUAGUCCCCGUUCAUCGUGGUAUGCUGUUUGAGUAGUAGCUAGAAGUGAAGCUAGCAUUUUAUUCCCCAUUUUAACUUUACUAAGCGGCGUUUUCCGCCGUUUUUUUUCUUUUCGCCGCCCCGCUCACUCUACCCCCUUGUGUGUGAGUAGGGGCCUGCAACGUUGGUUUGGCCACGAGGCGCGUCGGUACAGUUGGAACAGGGCGAUGGCGGAGUUCGGUAACGGACUGGCGGAGGAAUCUCUGCUAGAUUCAGACCCCGGACAUCCCGAGCUGGAAGACCCGGGUGUCGGUGACGAAGAGCCGGGAUUAGAAGAGGGAGAGGCCGCAAUUGAAGAUCCGGAGCUGGAGGCAAUCAAAGCCCGAGUGAGAGAGAUGGAGGAAGAGGCAGAGAAGCUGAAGGAGCUACAGAACGAGGUGGAGAAACAGAUGAAUCUGAGCCCCCCACCAGUUGGCCCUGUCAUCAUGUCCAUCGAGGAAAAGAUGGAGGCAGAUGGCAGAUCUAUUUAUGUCGGAAAUGUGGACUACGGUGCUACAGCAGAAGAGCUCGAAGCUCACUUUCAUGGCUGCGGUUCAGUAAACAGAGUCACCAUCCUAUGUGACAAAUACACAGGGCAUCCCAAGGGGUUUGCCUAUAUUGAGUUUGCAGACAAAGAGUCUGUUAGGACAGCCAUGGCUUUGGAUGAGUCACUUUUCAGAGGAAGGCAGAUAAAGGUGGGCGCUAAGAGAACAAACAGACCAGGCAUCAGCACCACAGACCGUGGCUUUCCACGGGCUCGAUUCCGAUCACGGGGAGGAAAUUUCUCCUUGCGUGCACGCUACUACAGUGGCUACACACCACCUAGAGGCAGAGGACGGGCCUUCAGGGGCCGAGGGCGAACAACAUCGUGGUAUUCCCCUUACUAAACACCCUCCCCCCCAUCCCAAAUACUUCCUUACUAUCAAACCUCUCCCCCUAUUUCUGUUCCCAUAUUAAAAAAAUACAAACACACACAAUGAAAAAGUCCUUUCCCUUUCCCCAACAAUAAAAGAAGAGAACCCCAGAAGAGAGAAAAAAAGACAAAAAAGGAAAAAAAAAAAACAAAAACAAAAACACACUUCUCCUGGACAGAGAGACUGGCUGGCCGCAGUGUGAGAUUGUGUGUGAGCGUGCUUGUGCAGAGGUUGAUGCGGUCGCCCCUGGUAAGGUAUACGUUGGCCUCUUGGGGGAGGGAGGGGAGGAUUACUAUGGCAGUGUUUGUUUGUUUUGUUUUUUUUUUGUUUUUGGAAGAGGGAGGAAAGGUGGGGAUGAGGUAUCUGGGGGGGGGAGACGAUGAUGGUAUCUCAAUCUCAGGCUGCAGAUGUGUCUCCUUUGGUCUGGCUGUGACCUCCUGCUUUCACACCAUCAUCAACACAGCCCACCCACUCACCACCGCCUCCACAGCAGGGGGGGGGGGAGAGAAAAAAAA